AUGUCCAAAAUUAUCAUUCUUCUUUUCCAUAUCCUUCUCUAUUCAAAAUUGAAGACUUCAAAUGCACAAACUUGGGUCAAAGCAGGUUACUGGUUCUCCGACACCAAGUUUCCCAUUUCAGAUAUAAACUCAGCUCUCUUUACUCACCUUAUUUGCGCUUUUGCGGAUGUAAACUCUUCGUCCUACGAGCUCUCUGUAUCGUCCACUGAUGAGCAAUACUUCUCCACCUUCACAAAAACUGUUAGACAAAAGAACCCAUCAGUCACCACCCUUCUUUCCAUUGUAAACCAUACCACCCUUGCGUACAUGGUCAGCAAGGAAACUUACAGAACAUCUUUCAUUGACUCUUCAAUAAAGAUGGCCAGGCUUUAUGGCUUCCAAGGUUUAGACCUUUGUUGGGUUUCGGCACACACAUUCCUCAACAUGAAGAACAUGGGAUUACUCUUUCAAGAGUAG